GAGGCCACGUUCCGCGGCACGGAGUUCCUCUCGUACGACCUGGGCCAGACGGGGGGCGAGCCGAUCGUGAGCGCGCAGGACGCCAUCACGCUCUACUUCCGGACGCGCCAACCGAACGGGCUGCUCUUCUACACCGGCCACGGCACCGACUACCUGAAUCUGGCCCUGCGCGACGGGGGCGUCUCGCUCACGAUGGGACUGUCCAACGGCAAGCAGGAGAUGCACAUCAAGCCGGCCCGCGUCCGCUUCGACGACCACCAGUGGCACAAGGUUACGGUCCACCGGCGGAUACAGGAGCAGAUCUCAUCGAUAACCAGCUUUUGCCGGCUGGUCGCCGUAGUGGACGACGUUUACACCGACCAUUCGCACAUCGCCGGCAAGUUCACCAUGCUGUCCUCGUCCCGGGUCUACGUCGGCGGGGCGGUCAACCCGCGAGCCCUGCUGGGCGCCCGGGUGCACAACAACUUUGUCGGCUGCCUCCGGAAGGUGGAAUUCUCCGCGGACACGCUCCGGCUGAACCUGAUCGACCUGGCCCGAACCGGUUCCAAGCUGAUCCAGGUGGCCGGCCGGGUCGACUACCAGUGUCCCAGCGGCGACCCCCAGGAUCCGGUGACGUUCACGACGCGCGAGUCGUACCUGCUCCUUCCACCGUGGGACGUCUCAAAGCAGGGCAUGCUGUCCUUCAAGUUCCGCACAAACGAACCGAACGGAUUGAUCAUCCUGAACACUGUGGUGCGACAGCCGAGGCCCGACUUCUUCGCGGUUGAGCUGCUGAACGGCCACAUCUACAUCCACAUGGACCUGGGCUCGGGCGCGGUCAAGGUGCGGGCCUCGCGACGCCGCGUCGACGAUGGCGUGUGGCACGAGCUGUCGCUGCGGCGGAACGGCCGCGACGGCAAGGUCGGCGUCGACGGCCAGUGGAACGACUUCCGAACGCCCGGAGAUUCGACCCAGCUGGAGCUGGACAGCCCGAUGUACGUGGGCGGAAUUGGGCCACCGUACGCCGACGUGGUCAUUCCGCCGGCCAUCUGGACGGCCACGCUGCGGCAGGGCUUCGUCGGAUGUCUGCGGGACCUGGUGCUGAGUGGGAAACCGGUGGACAUUGCGGCGUACGCGCGGCAGCAGGAUUCGGGUGCGAUCAAACCGUCCUGCCACGUGGUGGCCAACCAGUGCGGUGGUGCGGUGUCUCCCUGUCAGAAUGGUGGCCAGUGUACGGAGGGCUGGAACCGGCCACUUUGUGAUUGUUCUGCGACGCUGUUUACGGGUCCAACGUGCGGUCGCGAAUCGGCAACGCUGGCCUUCAACGGAUCGCAGCACAUGGCCAUCUGGAUCGGCGGAACGCUGGGAACGCGAACCCAAACGGAGGAGUUGGUGAUCCGGUUCAAGACAUCGCGACCGGCCGGGCUGCUCCUGUUGACCAGUGCCGAGUCCAGUUCAUCGGAUCGGCUCGAAAUCGGCCUGGUUGCGGGCCGAGUCCGGGCCAACGUAAGACUUGGGGAACGUGAGAAGAACUUACUGGCCGGCCAGGGUGUCCUAAAUGACAACAACUGGCACACGGUGAGGUUCUCCCGACGGGCGUCCAAUCUGCGACUGCAAGUUGACGGGGCCGCACCCGUCAGGGGUAUGUUAUCCGAAGCCAUCCUGGGACGGCACAGCACGCUGGAGGUCAAAUCGCUGCACCUGGGCGGGCUGUUCCACGCCGAGGAGGAGAUCCAGAUGACGGCCGCCAUGCCCAACUUUGUCGGCCAGCUGCAGGGCUUCGUGUACAACGGGCACCGCUACAUUGACCUCGUCAAGACGCUAGGUCCGGAGCUGUCCGCCUUGCCGACUACGACCUUCAAGCUGACGGCCCGCUUUGUCAACUCCCCACCGGGAUCUCCGUACUUGCCGGCCACCUUCCGGUCGAAGCACUCGUACGUGGGUCUCCCCAUGCUCAAGGCGUACUCGUCCGUGUUCAUCGACUUCCGGUUCAAAACCCUGGAGCCGAACGGCUUGCUGUUCUACAACGGUGGCAAACGGUCGGACUUCCUGGCGGUUGAACUAGUCAACGGGCACAUUCACUACGUGUUUGACGUCGGCGAUGGCCCGAUUACGGUACGGGACAAGGCCCGGAUCCACAUGAACGACAACCGGUGGCACUCGGUCAGCAUCCGGAGGCCAGGACCGAAGACGCACACGCUGGCGGUGGACGAGUCCAUCGAGAUCUACACGGCCAGCGGGAACAACAUGCACCUGGAGCUGGAGGGGAUCCUGUACGUCGGCGGUGUCUUCAAGGACAUGUACACCCGGCUACCGUCCAGCAUUGCGUCCCGCUCCGGCUUCGAGGGUUGCAUGGCCUCGGUUGACCUCGCGGACAGUUCCCCGAGCCUCACGGAGGACGCCGUCGUUCCGAGCUCGCUUGUCGUGUCCGGCUGCGAAGGACCCACCAAGUGUAGCCAGAACGCGUGCGCCAACCGGGGAAUCUGCGUCCAGCAGUGGAACGCGUACGCCUGCGAGUGCGACAUGACUUCGUUCACCGGGCCAACCUGUUACGAUGAAUCCAUCUCGUACGAGUUCGGCAAUAACAAGGGCCUAAUCCAGUACACGUUCCCGCCGGGUCGCCAACCGGACACCGAAGAGGACAACAUCGCGCUGGGCUUCGUAACGACUAAGUCGGACGCCGUCCUGCUACGGGUCGAAAGCUCAACCACCCAGGACUACAUCGAAAUGGAGAUUGUCGAAGGCAACGUGUUCAUCGUGUACAACGUCGGCUCGCACGAUCUCCCGCUCGGCGAGAUCGGCGUCAAAGUCAGUGACAAUAACUACCACAUCGUGCGCUUCACCCGAUCCGGAGCGAACGCAACGCUCCAGAUCGACGACUACAACGUCCAAACGCUGUUCCCGUCCGGCCACCAGUCGACGAUCUUCACCUCGAUGGCCAACAUCCAGGUCGGCGGGAAGAUCGCCCGUAACGGGCGGGCCCGCAUCGAGCGGCCGUUCGCGGGCGUCAUCGCCGGCCUCUCCGUGAACCGGCUCCGGGUGCUGGACCUGGCGGCGGAGCGCGACCCCCACAUCAACGUGCGCGGUGAUGUGCAAUUGGUAACUGGCGUUUUAGAUAGAAAUGACCAAAGAAUGCAGCAGACUCCGGCCAGCGGCUACCCGGGCGUGAUGGACGACCUGAUCUUCAGCGGAGCGGGUUCCGGGUGCCGCGGGGACGACGAGGACGAGUGUACGCCACCGUUCGAGAACGGGAGCGGCGAUGACCUGAUUACGCCGGUGUACGUGCCACCGACGAAGCAGACGACGCCGGCGGCUGGCCAAGGCCAAGGUGGUCGAGGUCGGAAGAAGGACGAGGGCAAGCUGUGCGACGACGAGGACUGCAUGCACGGGUCCGGGUCGGGCGAGGUGACCGAGGUGUUUACUUCCUCGACGGCCAAGGUUUCCGAAACGAGCCCGGAUGUGACGUACACCACGCUCGAUAUGGACCGGAAGACGGAAGGCACGACAACGCUGACAACGCAAGGUCGGUCGGAGACUUAUGCACCGAGUGAGACAACACGGGAAAUGGACACGACUAGCAGUGGAACGACGGGAUACGGUGGAGGAGUUGGAGGUGGAAGCAGUAGCAGUACUGGUAGUAGUAGUAGCGGAACAAGCUACGGGACGACCGUUUCGAUGGGAACUACGGGAACUACGUCGGGUGGGACGUCCAGCAGUGGAACGACGAGUGGUCGAACGACGUACACUUCGGGAACCACGGGAAGUUCGAGUACGUACGGAUCAACGACGCAACAGCAGACUCCGUCGGAAACAACGGUCAGUUUCCGGGAUCGUGAUCGAGACCACGUACGCGAGACAACUCCAACAACCACGGAAGAGGACGACGAUCACAUCGAGGUUCGACGACCGGAUUCAGGUGAAGAGCCCGAGCCAGAGCACAAGCCACCUCCAGGUCGACGGCCGCCCCCGGUCAAGGUGGUGGAACCUCCUAACCCGGAACCGGAGCCACCGUUCAAUGCCCACCCGCCGGGAUACCCUCCGACGCGAUCGCCCAAGCACAAGGGAGGUCGCAUCAACUCGGAAGCUGAGGAACGUACGGCCAUGAUCAUCGGCAUCGUAGCAGGAGCGCUGAUCGCGGUCAUCCUGGUGAUCCUAUUGGUGCUGUGGAUCAAGUCGAACGGCGAUCGGUCCUACAAGACCGAGCACGAUAAGAGUGGCCUGUACGGGCAGGGUCCGAGUGCGGCCUUGCUGGGCGGAUCGCACGGCAAUGCCCACAACUCCCAUUACAACACCCACCAGCAGCAACAUCCGCCGUCGCAUCAACAACCGGCGCAACAUCAGCAACCUCCCCACUACAACGGCAACGGAGGUUCCGGCGGUGGACAUCACACGAACGGUGGCAGCACAUUGCCGCUCAACGGCUCGUUACGUCACCACCAUAACGGUGGUAACGGAAUGGGCGGUGGCGGCAUGGGCAUGGGCGGCGGCUACAACGGCAGUGACCGGGGCAGCAUGCAAUCCGGCGGAGGCGGAGGUGGCGGCGGAGGAGGUGGAGGUGGAGGAGGAGGAGGCGGCGGUGGCCAACCACAAAAGACGAAAAAUCGAAACUCGAAAGACAUCAAAGAGUGGUACGUCUAAAUCCACGUAACGUCACGUAACGCCACGAUCACGAUCAUUCGCACACAUUCAAGACACGAUCACACUCACGAACGCGAGCGCGACGCCAUCAGAGACGUUAUAUUUGUAAACACACACUGUAUUGCCACUACUACUACAACUACUACUACUACUACUACCAAUACUAACAAGCAUAACGGAUGAAAACGACACUAAUACACACAAAUACGGAACGCGCGAAAAACAGCCGCCAGACUUGUUUAUACCUAUCAUUGAGAUUAAUUACUCAUAUUAAUCAAUAAAAUGAAGAUUGUGAUGAAACUGCAACCACUAUUUCAUAAGAGACACGCAAACUCACACACACACCCCCUCUGACAGCCAGAACAAUGGAAAUCCUUCAACUAGAUCGUAAGCGAAAACAAAACUUGUAAAUAGAAAACAGACACAAACACAAAAGGAGAGUUACAAAAUGCUCGCAUAAUUGAGAGAAGAAGAAAAAAAAAAGGAAAAGUAUAUUAGAAUAAACAAUGCGCGGGAAACGAUGUGAGGAACAGUGAAGCAAAACAAAACAAUGGCAGGCGGUGACGUGCAAACAAAGGUGCAAUUUAAACCCAACACAAAACAAACACACACACAGUUUUAUCGACUUGUUAAGAAACACAAAUAUGUGAACGAUUUUUUUUAGAUUUCUACUUGCUGCGCUAGAACAAAAUUUGUUGAAUGAUGCAGUGUUGCCAGCAUCGUACGGUUUUGGUUGUCGCGCGGUCCCUCCAAAGGUAAACAAAAACAUGUUAUUGAAGGUUGUUUAUAAAAGCUUAGUGUUUUUUUUUUUGCGAAUUUUUAGUAAAACAGCAAAAAAUAACAGAGUGGAUUAACUUACUUUAGUGGAACAAUUUACACCUGUCGAAAGCACAUAAUUCGCAAGGUUUUUGGAUUCUAUAAGGUAUGACAGCUGUCAAAAUAUUUUUAGCACGAAAAUUUGAUUUUGAAGUGAGAUUUUCAGAAAAGUGAAAAUGAUGACUGCAAAAAAGGCCAAACAAAUUUUCCCGCAAAUUGGUCAAACUUCAACUAGGGAAACAGCAUCUAAUUCCAGCGUGCCUCUAAUGUUGCCAUAUCAGCACUUUGACAUUCAAUUACAGCUCAUUAAAUGCGUUUACAAUUGAAAUCGAGUGAUAAAUUGCUCAAUAAGAAGUGAGCAAGCAAGUUUCUAUCAAAAGUUUUGCAAAAUUAGUUGUUUAAAUAGUGAAAAUCAGCAAAUUGGAUGGAGUAAGGAGCGAGUGCUUAACCUGUCAAACAUACGAAAAUUUCCCCUAAUUUUGACUAAGUAUUUUUUAGCAGCAUUUUUCGUGAAAAGCAUGUUCUCGAAAAUCAUCGAAAAAUGAGGUGUACGAGUUUACAAAGGUGAAAUUCAAUUUAGCAAAUCCACUCUGUAUUUUUUAAAUCGGGUAGAUGCAUUUUUUUCUGAGAUCUACAAAUAAAAAGUUAACGUUAAAUUAAAAUGCAAAGUCACACGAAUUUUAACUUAAACUAUGCAAACAAUUUUUUUUUGCAAAUAAAAAAAAUUAUUUUACAAGAUUUAACAUUCAUUUAACUGAUGAAAACAUUGAAACAAAUUUAGAUUUAUUUUUUUACCUGAAUGCUUUUAAUUUUCAAAACACACAAAAACACUUCCAACGUUGUUACAAAAAAAAAGAAAAUAUAUCGUUAAUGCAUUGCCAUGCAGUAAAGCCAUUUUUCAAAACUCCUUCCCAGUUGGCAUUUUAUUGCACGAAGAGUUACCAAAGCCAUUUAUACGCUUUAGUUAAAUAUUGAUAGUUUAAAAAAAAAAACACACCCACACAAACACUGUUGAAAGCAAAAACCGCCAUUAAAGAACACAAGCAGAAAAAAUGUUUGAGCGAAAGUGAGUGAGUGGAACAGAUGAAUUAAUGCAACAACAAAAAAGUGACACCCUCUUAAACUCUUCGAUUCCGCAUUGAGAGGUAAAUCAUUAAGAAAAUAAAGGUGACAUUAAAAAUAGCAAAUUGUUUUUCUGCACAAAUUCAAAACUAAUGUCUAAGAAAAUAAGAGAAUGAAGAAAGUGGAAAACGAACGAAGUUCUCGAUAUCUUAAAGAUUCCAAUUCAAAUAGCAAGCAAAUUCUGCAAAAUGAAAAGUUCACAAAAAAAACUGCGGUAAAUGUUUUCGUUUUAAACUUUUUCACCCAACUUUCCCAUUUUUUACGUUUAGCAUUUAUCCUCUAUCACUCCAUGUUUCCAAAUGUCACUUUUGAAACAACAAAAACAAUCCCAAAUCCAUUUGAAUGUCUCGGAAAAAAGAUGCUUGUGCGAUAUGAGAGAGAGAGAGUCCUUUAAAAAAGAUCUAUUUACACAAUCACUAUCACUUAAGUAAGAAACAAUGAAAAAAAUAUCUCAAAUUCUAAGACGUUUUGCGAACAUUGAAGCAAAAAAAAAAACAAGAAAAACUUUAAACCGCCGGAUUACAUUUUUGAAGCAAUUAUUCGAACUGUUUCUCAUAAAUAAAUAAAAAGUCAAAGCGACUAUGCGAAGACCGCUCCUCUCAUUUUUUUUACCCAAUUCUGAGGGGACAAUCUGUCAAUCGAGAGCGACCCUACCGAGAAAACAAAAACAAGAUCCAAACAAACAAUCUUUCAAAAGAACACAGAAACACACAAACAGACUAACUUUUGCCUCGAAAUUCUUUGAAAUGCACCUUUAAUGAUAAAAAAAACGUAUUGCACCAAAACACUGUCACAAAUCCAUACACAAAACACGCAAAAGUGCUGCUUUGAAUGCGCAAAAGAAAUAAACAAACAAACAAAUCUGCCAUCUUUUUUCCUAACAAAACCCAAAAUUGUUAAACAAUAGGCAGGACCGAGCAAAAUAAAAAGCAGCAUCUGUAAUAACACUCCUUUUCAGCAGAUAUUUAAACAUUCAAAAAAAUACCAAAUUAGAGAAAAAUAAAAAAACUGUAAACAAAAGCGACAGGAACACUCACACUCACACUAAUAAAUGUUUUUCUCUUUCUCUUGCAAACAAAAGAAAACAUAUACCAAUGUAAUAAAAUCAACGUUGAAAACAUUUCAAGGUAUAGGCGUUAACUUAAUUUAGACACUCUCCUUAAGAAAAUGAUGCAAAAAAAAGUUUAAAGAAAAACAACUUCUUGUUUUGUUUUCCUUAAAACCUUUGAGAAACAAAGUAAAUAAAAAAGAGUCACGCACAUGACAGUUCACAUUUCUCAAAUUGUAAACAGGCAAGCAAAAGUAAACGCAGCUCUCUCUUUUUUGAUUUAUUUUUGUUCACACGAAGAUACUGAAAACACAAACACAUACACACAAUUCUCACAAGCGACUUAGGAAUAUGAACCUUAUAUGGAACAACAUAUCAGUUUUUAUACCAGGUCUAGGAAAAGAGGAACCCACAAUUGGCCUCGCUCCCCUAGUGGCAGAGCUGUCAAAAGGCGCUGCACACACGCAGGGGCAGAACAAUGGAAAACAAGUGAGGUUAGGCGUAAAGCAAGCGAUGCGAACAAAGAAUCAAUCCUGUCGAACAAACAAUCAAUGAAAUCCCUCUCUGUAUCGUUUUUUGCAAAAAAAAAACAAUGGACUAAUAAUAACAACAAUCUAUCAGACAAGUCGAGUGACAUCCUCCUCCCCCCUCAAACAUCAUGGCUUUGUGUUUGCGAGUGCGCAAUUGUAGGCCCCUCCCCCCACACACUUUUUACUCAUCUUUAGAUAGGUAGAUCAAAUGACAGUCAAUCCCGCCCCUUCCCUCUUUUGAUUCUCUGACACAAAAUUUCAAACCCACCUUUUUUUCUAAAUUACUAAGACGAUCAAAGUAGGCGUACCCCACAGAAGCAAAUUCGUACAUCGAAGAAUCGGUUCUGAUCCCCGCCCCCUAAAUAUUUCGAUUUAGUCCAACACAAAAUAAGCCCAACAAAUCAGACAGUUGACAGUUUGAACAAAUAGGGAAAGAGUGCAAACAAAAGAAAAAGGAGAAAAAACAAUCCAACUACACAAACACACAUAGAUAAGUUCUAAAUAUUAUGAAUGGAAGGAUUUGACUGAGAACUUAGGAAAAACGGAAAGCAAACGAUUAAACCAAAAAAAAUGAAAACAAUAUAGAUAAGCUUACAUAACUAGCGAAAACAAAGGAAGUAAACAAACACGAAAGAAAAGCUUUAAGUUACGUUCCCUUCGUACAUAGGAAGAAAAGGUUAAAAAAAUGAUCCCCAAGCAAAAGAAUGAAAUGAAAAACAGAGACACAAACACUAACACAAAACCACAGAAGAGUUUCAGCAAUGGCGAAAACCGGAAAUAGGAAGAUUCAAUAAACUGCAUAUGAAAAACCCCAAAAUAAAUAGGCUAAAAAAAAAACAAACAAUACAAGUCAUCUCUGAAAAGACACACGUAACAAAAGACAAGAAAACGCAUCAUGUUAUUUAAUUUACUAAGUUGUAGAAUUUGUAUAAAAAUUAGCGAAAAUGAAGAGAAAAAAACAAUAAUUAUUGAUAAUUACCGAAAGGAAGUAAACAAAACGACAAAACAGCCACAUACAACCGGAACAAACUGACAAAACAAAAACACUGUUAAAUUUAAAACAAACCAAAAAAUCCCCGCAACAUGUUUUGCCAUACACAGAGAGAGAAAAAAAAUACACAAUUGAAGCAUUUCAAGGCUGGACUAAACUUUCUUCUCAAAGUAGCGCGCAUAUUUAUGGCUAACAACAACAGAAAUUCAAACACACACACACACACACAUACACACACUGUUAGCGAAAAAAUAAAAACAAAAGCAGAACAAAGCAAAACAAAACCAAACCACACAAGGACUUUUUUCUUGUUAGCUGUAUAGGUUGAUGUUAUGUAAGUGACAAACAAAAAGAAGAAAAAGUAAACCAAAAAAAAUCGUAUGAAAUUUAAAGAAACCAACACACGAAAGAUUGUUUAAGUUCCUGUUUUGAUAUUGAUUUAUUUUUUCUGUUGCUGUAUGAGUAUAGUGGUUAAGCGGAGAUUAAAACAACAACAAAAAACGAUACAUUUAAAUCUAAGCAAAAUGAGCAAAAAAUGUAUAUUUGAAGAAACAGAAAACUGCAGUUUUGUUGCUGAAAUAAAGAUUAAAAUUAUA